AUGUAACCAUUAUUCAAACAAAGAAAACCAGCUAAUUUGAUCAUCUAAUCUUCUGAUGAAGACAAAAUAGUCUAAUAAUAAGUAAACUAUUAAUAUAUAAUAUAUAGAUUCCAGAAUUAGACACUUUUGAAGAAUUUUGUAGCAACAUUCCAGAUGUUGAAAAUUAAGAACUCAAUUUUACUAAAGAAUCUAAAUCAUUUAGUUCUCAUCCUCUUAAUUUAUAGGAAUCUUAAGAAUUUCAUACCAAUCCAAAAAAUAGUGAUCAAAAAUAAGAAGAAAUCUAAGAAUCACUUCCUAUACAAUAUAUUGAAUUUGUUGAGUUUCAUCCAUAGAGUAUAAAUUCUGGUUAAUCUGAAUCUAAUCUAUAGAGAAUUGAUUCUUAAUAAAGUCCUAAAGACAUUAUGUAAGAACCUCCAGCUCCUUAAAAUAAGAAUUUAACUAAAUUCAGCUUCCCUUAAAAAGGUGGUUGUUUCAGUAGUUGUAAUAAAUUCAAAAAUUAUAUUUAUUUAGUAAAGAAAUAACUUUGUGUAGAUUAACCUUUAAUUACUAAUCAUGGAAAUUAGAGCGCCUUUGAGGAAACUCUAGUUAAAUAGCAUAAUACUUAAAAUAUUCCAAAAACAUUAUAAGAUGAUUUGACUAAACAAAUUAAGGAAUUAACUGAAUAGAAAAAUGUUAUUGAAACAACUUUUUAAAGUUAAAUCUUGUAACUUUAAACUCAAAAUCAAAAAUUAGAAUAAGAAUUAAUUUAAUAGAAAUAAAAGAAUUAAACUCUAGUCUAAGAAAAUAUGUUAUUGCAAUCUAAAAUUGAAAUUUUAGAAUAAAAAAAAAGUGCUGAUUUAAAUAAUAUAACUGAUUUUUCUAAUGAUUUAUUACCUCAUAAAUUGGCUAUGAAUGAAAAAUUAGUUUAUUUGAUGUAAAAAUUGAAUAUCAAAGCAUAAGAGAAUGCAAAACUUCAAUAUGAAAUUUUGAAAUUGCAAAAUAACGUAUGUAUCUAUGACAUCUAUUCAAUUAAUAGAUUGAAAUCUUAGAAACCUAAAAGUACUUACAAAUCAAUACAAAUUUAUAUUUGGACACCCAUAAAUUAUAAUCAAGUCAUUCACCACUAAUCUAACCUUAAUCUUAAAACAGAGGACAAUCUCUAAGUAAAGAUAGCAGAACCAGUCUCUUAAAUUCAUAAAAAUAUCCCCUCAAUUUAUCCCUAAAUUAUGUCUAAUAAGGAGAGAGACGACAAGAUGUCUUUAUUAAUAAAAAGAAUAGAAUUAUAUCUCCAUUGGCUCAUUAUAGUUCUGUGGGAGAAUAAUAAUAACUUCAAUUAACAAGUCUUUAAAAAAAUAAAGUAUACAAGGAAGAUGUCAAUUAUAAUAAUAAAAUGCAGUAAAAAAUAAUAAAAUGAAUUAGUACCAAAAAUAGUACUUCAGUUGGGGAAUUAAUAUCAUUUAAAUAGGAUUUGACUAACUGUUCCAAUAUGAUCAAUAAGGCUUUAAGAAAAGAGUCCUAUUCAACAUAAUCUCCAGAUGCCAAAGUUACAUAGAAAUUCAAAUAAACUUUAAAUUCAAAAAUUGGGACUUAAUAAGAAAAUUCAAAGUCUUAUGCUAGUCUAUUAUUUUCUUUAGGAGAAAGACAAAAAGAUGUUAAAUAAAUGUCUCCAAAGGGAGGUAAUAAAAAAUCAAAAUAGUAAUAAUUAAAUAUUUAAAAUUUAGAUUAUUUGGAUUUAUUAUGUAACCACAUCCAAAUAGUAGAAAAUAAUCAGAAAUCUUGAAAUCAGAGGAAUCUCAUAAAAUGAGUUAAGAAUAGCUUAAAAUGUCAGAUAAGUAUUGAUAUUAGUAAAAUAGAAAAAAUACAUUAUAAACUAGUAUUGACAUAUUUUAAAUAAUGAAGGAUAUGAGAAAUAAAAAAAGUGGAAGUAAACAAUUAAAUAAUAUAUUAUUUUAGUCUCGACAAAAUUAAGUUAAAAAAAAGGACAAGCUGCAACAAGUAGAUAAUUAAUUACAGAAAUUAAAAGCAGUAGAACCAAUAAACCAAGUUUUGACUGA